GUGCCUGACUCCUGCAUCCCAAGCCACGAUGAGCUCCGCCGCUGCCUCCCUGCUCGGGGCCCUGCUGCUGGUCAGCGAAAUCUGCUCUGUCCGUGGGAUCCUGGAGACCAACGGGAUGAAGCUCCAGUGCACCUGCUUGAGAAAGAUAAAUAAAUUCAUCCCUCCGGCCAAGUACCAGAAACUGGAGGUCUCCCUCCCCAGCAGUGGCUGCCGGACCCUGGAGGUCAUCAUCACUCUCAAGGAAGGGAAUAUAGUGUGUGUGAAUGCCCACAUCCCAUGGGUGAAGAAAAUCCUUCAAUCCCUCACCAAGGGGAGGAGCCUCUCACUGCCUUUCAACGAUCUGGGGCCGGUCGCGGAGUCCCCCAGAGCCCCAAGGAGGAGGGUGCCACAUCCCAGCCCCCAGGGCCUGGGCUUCACCCCGGCUUGAGGCCCAGAACUCCUGCCCUCGAGGGCCACGAAAGGCCAGGGAAGGCGCCGGCCCCUUGGAAACUCAGCUUGCUGCAACUCCCGCCGGGUCUGCUUUUCUAUGGCUCUGCCCGUGCAGGUCGCUGACUCACCCUGUGCCCACAGGGGCCGGCCCGGAUCGGGAGGGAACUCUUGGGGAAUUGACCCCAAUCCACCGCCUUGGAGAUAACCCCAAUCCACGAGAUUGGCAUCGUGUCUGCCCAGCCCCUCAGCCUUCCUCUCCACAGAGCCCAGCCUCCGCCCCAGCUAGCCACCAGCCCCUGACACACCGGCUUCGCUUCUCCGACUUGGCCCCCGACACUCUCUCUGCUAGGGGCUUCUCGACCUCCAUCCUCUCUGCUCUCCUUGCCCUCCCUUCCUUCAAAGAGGUUACCUCUUGACGGGCUCCCUUGACAGGGGGUCGCCUUUCGAAAUUUGGAUUCCAUCAAAAACCGACUCUUCAUUCAUUCAUUCUACUGCAUUUAUUGAGUGAUUACUAUAGGCAAAGCACUAUACUAAGUGCUUGGGAGAGUACAAUACAGCAAUAACAGGCUCAUUCCCUGCCCACAACAACCUUACAAUCUAGAGGGGGACCAUUCACCACCUUCCAGGAAUCUCCACACCACAAUCUGAUUGGUGCCCCUGACCAGAUCUGGUUGGUGGGCAAAUUUGCUUAUUGAGAGCCCUCCUCUGGUCAAAAUACUGUCUCCUCCCUCGGGCCAUUUUCCCAAAAUAACUCCAAUCAAUCAUUCACAUUUACUGAGCACUAACUGUGUGAAGAGCACUGCACUAAAUGCUUGGAAGCAUACAA